ACGCGACUUUUCCAUUUAUUUCUAAAAGUGAAUUUUCCAAUUAUCAAACGCGUCUUGAAUUCUGAAAUAAUCUUUCAAAAAUAAGAUUCGAUUCGUUAAUGGGAUUAAAAUUUGUAAUUUUUUUACUUCCGAAAAUACGCGCCAAAAUACGGAAAGAUGGAGGGGAGGUGGUCAUGGGAAAUGUCGGCCAUUUUGUUCACGUCACACUCUGUACAAAGUUCUCUGCGCCGCUGUGUGUGUGGAGAAAUUUUCUCCGUAUUUUUGAGCUAUAAUCGUGAAAAUCGUAAUAAUUUCUUUAUUUUCGAUGUUCCGUUGAUAAAAUUAGUGGUAAAUUUAGUAUUCCGGGGGAUAAAUUAAUCAAGUAGAAGAAAAUAUUUGCGAGUCGUCUUCCCCACGCAGCGUGCGUGAUUGUCGAUUUUAGUUUCUUCAGUAAAGUAGAAUCAUCGAAAAUAUUGCCAGAAAUCGGGUUUCAUUUGUAUAAAUAUCGAUAAAUAUACAAGAUGUGAGUAAUAUUUUACAAUAAUAGUCGGAAAAAUUUCAAUCGAUUUUUGCUCGUGGCACCCUAACCUCAAAGUCGUACAUUGUUGCGAAUUGCGAUUGUUGCGAAAAUUAUCGAUAAAUUCAGUGUUUGUGUUGCAAAAGUCGCGAGUGUUCUCAUAAUCAAAUAAAUAUUUGUGAGUGAAAUUAUUAUUUGAAGAAAUAAGUGAAUGGGAAUAUACUUAGUGCAAGAAUUUAUCUUCAGCGCCUGGGAAUUGGAUUACUACUAAAUCAAUUAUCGGAUAAACAUCAAGGAGAAAAUAACCUGAUUAAAUAAUUGGUAAACAAAAUGAAGCAACCAAAGAACGUUUUAAUCUCAUACGUUUCCUCUUUUGAUGACGAGAAAAAAAAAGAAAUUUUUGGAUAUUCUGGUAUAAUGAUCUCAAAACACUGGGUAAUUACCCAUGGAUCAUUAAUUAAUCCACUAAUGAAAAAGAAUACAGAAAUUGAAAAUUUACUGACAAAUUUAAAACCGGGGGAAUUUUUUAAAAUCCCUGACAAAUUACAGAAAGAAAUGAAAUUUCGAAUUUUAUGGGAAACAUCAAAAAAUGAUAAUGAUGAAGUAGAAAUGGAGGAAAAUAAAGGUAGUGUAAUGAUUGUUUGGAAAUGUCCACUCUUGAAGGAAACAUUUGACAGUCUCUUUGCCUCUUGGAAAUUUAAUAAACUAAUGGAUAGACGUGAUGGAUUAUUAUUGAUGCCAGUGUUUUUGAUGAUAAAUCUUGGGAGUGAAUUUUACCACGAUUGUUCAAUAAUAUUGGCAAGAGAGGCUCUAAAUCGUUUUGUACAACAGGAUCUCGCUUAUCCAGUGAGAGGAUCGAUUGCAGAAAUUGAGUCAACGCCAUUUGGUAAUCCGGUUUUUAUCGAUUCGAUUGCACGUGGCGUUAUUAGUAAUAUUGUUGGCUAUCAAAAUUGUGUUGCAUUGUCUGACGCUAAUUCGGUACCAGGUUGCGAAGGCGGUCCAGUUUACGUCAUUGACGACAGAAAACAGAGACGAAUUUGCGGAAUGGUGAUAGCUCCGUUAAGUUGGUGUCGAGGCGAAUGGGUCGAUUACACAUUAAUAGCAAAUUUAAAAGUGUGCUUGAGCCGAGGUGUCCCUCAACAGCAAUUUUGUCAAUUAUUAAAAAAUCGACGAUGCCUUGACGAUGUAAACUUGAGAAGUGAUAAUUGUCAAUUAGCUGAUUUAUUAGACAGAUGUGUGGUACCAGUUCAAUGUGGUUCAUCAUGGGGUACUGGAAUUCUCAUUGAGAAAAAAUCUGGUACAAUAUUGACGUGUUCUCAUGUCGUGAGAGAGGCGCCAGUUAGCGACAUCAAGGUUAUGCUUAAUAGGGAUGAAAACAAGAAAAAGAAGCCGACGACAACGACGACGAAGAAGAAGAAUAAGAAGGAGCAUGUCUCGCCCACGAGGGCAGAAUUGGUUUACAGGACACCCGAUAAUAAGCCAUAUGACGUCGCCGUACUGAGGGUCAAUCCAGAGGAAAUGGACCCCUCGCUGGGGUCUAUAUAUAUUCAGGGCACUUUUGUAUCUCGAGGGGAUGUAGUGGCGACAGCCGGAUUUCCAUUUUUCUCAUCGAGUUUGCCAACGAUAAGCAAAGGAAAUGUGUCAAGAUCCUUGCCAUGCAUGUUGCAGACCACCUGUUGCGUUCAAAGUGGAACUAGUGGUGGUCCAAUUGUUUGCUGGCCGAGUGGAGAGAUGCUGGGGAUGAUCGUGUGUAACGCAAUUUCAUCAAGCAACUCGGAACUUUACCCACGACUCAAUAUGGCAAUUCCAGCUUCGGUCUUGAAAGCACCACUUGAACAAUAUCUUCAAACGAAUGAUGCCAAAGUCCUCGAAGCUCUCGCCAGUCAAGAUGCAGUCGUGCAUCAAACGUGGGAUUUACAUCUGAUUCCUCGAUCAAAAAUGUGAAUCACGCUCAUCGCACAACUUCUUCGUUUUGUUGUAUAUAAAUUUUCAUAAUAUCGUCACCGUACGUCUGUAUAUAAUUAAUAGAGAUUUUUCUUCACUUAGGAAUUAGAAAAAUUUCUUCUUUUAAUAACUAAUUAGUUUGUCUCUUAAUUUCUAAAAUGAAUUUGUUCAAUCAUUUGUGAUUAUUUUUCUAUUGUUUUUAUAGAAAUACUGAUUUUUAAUCUGGAAUCAGAAGAGAAAGUAUUAUAAAGAAAUUUUAGUAUUAAGAGGGAAAAAUUAAUAUC